AUGUCGACCAGAGGCGACGCAGGAGAACAGGAGCUGAGAGCUGCUGGAAGAGGCGGAGGAGGAGGAGGAGGAGGAGGAGAGACAGCGACGCCUCCUCGCGCCACGGUGCGACCGACUCGUACUGCAAGAGAAUACCAGGAUGAAACGUUUGGAAGCUUCAGACACGAGAAUCAUAAAGUCAGCAGACAGGAAGAGGAACACGCAGCACCGAUACCGAGAGGCGACGGUCUGAGACAGAACCCCGCUUCGCCCGGACUCAGGAUCCAGGGCUCCAAACAGAAAUCCAGACUCAGGAGGACUUUAGACCUGUGGUCAGCUCAACAGUCCAGUUUGACUGAACCACAGCCAGUGGAAAUCAGGGACUACACCUUUCAGGUUAAUGGACGAACAUCACUGGACGCCUGUAUAGAACCAGCCUGCGUCGGUCCGGUGCCACAGACUCUUCUGUUCCCGAUCACAAAGGAGGAAGAAAUCAGCGCAGUUCUGAACCAUGAACUGGGGAUUACCACGAACUUAACUCUUUCUCAUGAUGGCUUCUGCAAACCGAGGAGCUGGUGUGGACCUCUAACUGAAACAAAGGACAUAAGGCAGAAUAUAAGCUUUGAUAACCCGUCUGACCGCUCUGGAGCCAUGCUAUCGUCCACCAUGGUGACGGUUCUCGCUCCUCCCUGGGGUAGCCGUCCAAGACGGACCAAAAGAUUCGACGAGACCGACAACUCCUUUCUGCAGAAUAAUGAAAGCACUCACAACCAGCUUGGGUUUCACAUCCCAAGGGGUGUCUCUCUUCAGGACGCCAGGAGGAACACGGUGGACUGGUCGACCAAAAGUGAUCCUUCAAGCUUGGAUUUUGAAUCUAAACGUAAAAUGACUCAGACUGUCUCUUUGGAUUUAACAAGUCCUUCUCCCUCUCUGUCUCCCUGGUCACCCCUCCUGAUUGACCAAAGCGACAGGAGUAGUCCACAAGCAGGCCAACAAGGACCCCAAGAACGACUGUCCUCUAUGAAUUCAAAACCGACAACGAGCACUUUGCUUCUGUCUAUAAGGAGAUCCAACAUGAACUCAAAUACGUCCUUCAUCUUCCCAGAGGUCAGCUCCUCCCUGAGCGGUUCUCCAAACCAUCAAAACGGAAAACUGCUCUCUCAAACCUCGUUCAAUAAUAACGAAGAGAGGCCGAGGUCCCUUCUCUCCCCGUCCUCCAUUUCUUAUAAAACAGAAACCGGGUCCAUCCUUUCCCCGACAACCUCCAACUACAAAGACGGUUCCUUUACCCGUUCACCUCAGGCCAAUCUCACGUCCUCAACUCAAUCAUUUCAGAGCAAAAACCCAGACGAGAGGCAACACAACAGCUCAAGUUACGACAACGCAAACCCAAUGCCAGAAACGUCCAUCUUCUCUCCCAGAUCGUUUUCAUACGAUCACCCUGCCCUGGUAAAAACACGCUCCCUCCCGAGACGGACCACCCUGACCAACACCUCCUGGUGGAAACAGGUGUCCCAGGACGGCAGCGCUCCCCUCGUUCACAGCAACACAAAGGACAAGACGAACACAGACGACAGAAGACCGGUUAGUCAAAACUUCCCAGACAAUAACAACUUGAAGGUUUGUAAAGGCAACAUGAACCUGACUGUACAGAUGCAGUCGCCUGAAUCAAAAGGGAUUAACAGGCAGCAGUAUGACUCAGCUGUGGACAAUAGAGAACCACAAAAAACUUACAGCAUGCCCGAUUGUUUGCCCACUUCUAAAAUGAGCAGAGCCCCACCCCAAAUUGCACUGAGGUACACCGUGGAGCUCAACAAAAGGGAUGUUAGUAACACUUCAUUUAAUCCCAGGACUUUAAAUCCACCCACAGAUGGCAAAUAUAAUGGUUCUCCAUCCAAAACCAGCAUCAGCCAAACAUCGCCUCACAACACGGACUCACAAACGUCAGCUUUGUCUCAUGACUUCAGCCAGCCUGCUCCUCAAACCGCUUCCAAAAACACGCUUUCUUUCCAGUCGACCCGCACACCAAGUUUCCCCAGCAAAGCCAACGUCACUCCUCUUGGCUUCGAAAGGAGCUACGUCUGUCUUCCCAAACCGUUCCGUUCCAAAACUGCAUCCAGCCUGGUUUCCAAAGUCGAGCCUUUCCCCAGAACAAAGGGCAGCCCCGCGUCCACAUCCCCUCACAGCCCCUCUGUUCCCGCCGACGCGACGUCUCCCACCUUUAUCCCCGCUUCCUCUCUUCUAACUCCUCCCGYGACUCCAGGGAGCCUCAACGUGGAAGGCAAAGUGAAAAGCAUCCUGACCAACAGCCCAGAAAAUGAACCAAAGAAACCAUCACCCAAGAUGGAGAAAAAGAGGGAGCGGCGGGUAACGUGGGGGGACUCUGUGGACGUGCAGUGCUCAGAGUUGGACGCCGUGGAGAAGGCUUCUCAGGCCCAAACAUCCCCCUCCGAACCCCCUCACAGUGACCUCUCUUUGCGGUCAGAAAGCGCAGAAGGGUGCACAACUUCUGUUUGCUCCCCUAACCCUAAGGCUUUCAGCAGGCAGGUGGGAAAACCAGAGAACCAUCGCUCCCUAUCGUCUGACGCUGUCGAGAAAAACAAACGUGUGACCGUCGAUACGUUAAACCUGGACCAAGCGAGGAGGGGCUUGAAUGUAGCCCGGCAGGAGAGGACCCUGUCGUGGGAGUCCGGCACAGUUCCGUCUCGUUCCUCGGCUCCUCUCUCCCUCCCGCCGGACUUUUCGAGCGGCCUCAAGGUUCGCUACAGCACCCCGCCUUACUCCACGUUGAUGUCCAGCAGGCAGACGCAGGGAGAGAAGAAGGCCCCAACGUUUUCUCAGCGAAACUACACCCCUCAAACCUCCUCAAAUAACGACCUGCACGUGGCGUUACCGACAUCCAAAUAUCCUCUGACGCCCGUCAAACAGUACCCCGUGCAAAGAGCAAACGCCUUGCAAGACGGCUUAGCCCACAACCUUUCAGACACAGAUAGAGUUAACAACAACCACAUCAAGGACCAAGAACACACGAAUAAUCAGAUCCAGCUUCUCGACAACAGAGUUCAGAUCAGUUCAGAGUCUCUCUCUGGUGACGAUGGGCACACCUCCUCUUCAAUGUUUGUGACGGAGACGCUUGUUUACAGCGUUAAGUCCAAAGGAGAUGCUGCCACUGCUGCUCUGAGGAACACCACACCUAAGUGUUUGCAACACGGCACGAGCACGUUAGUUUCUGUGGAGACCAAGUCGAGUCAGCAGUCAAACCCAGYGCUGGGUGACGAGGUUGACGACAAAUCCACAGAGAGCCAGUCCUUCGAUUGUGAAAGCAACAACAAAAGUGUGCUGAGCAAAAACAAAUCCUCUUCAGUCGAGGUGAACGACGAGCAAAGCCAAAAGAGAGGCCGGGGUCCGCCRAAGAGGAGCGUCAGCACGCCCAGCUCCGCCAUCAGCAGGUCCGAGUCAGAGAGGGUCUGCAAGGGUCCCAACAAAAUGGACCAGAUGUUCAACAAGCUGAAGCAAAAGUUCAAGCGGUCGGACGACGACUCUGCGUUCCCCUGGAGGUGGAGGCGAAACUCUCAAACGCCGUCUGUCAGUGGGUCGAGCGACGUCAGCGAUAGCAGCGCCGACGGGACCAGGAGAGGCCAGGAGAAGAAGAUGUUGAAGAAUGUCGCAAAAACUGAUGACGAAAAGAAGCCCCCAGAAAACAGAUAUGCCAUCGUCCCCUCCCUGGCUUUUGAAGAAACAAAGGCGGAUAAAGACUUCUCUGUUUGGUCUGAAAAUUCAGCUAAAGACGAGCAAAACGCCUGCGAGGAUCAAACAUCUAAAAGUCAGGUUCACCUGACGGUGCACAGCCCAGUAAACCCGUUCAUCCCGGGUUCAGAUCCCAUUUCUCCUGCUUAUACGAGUCAGUGCAGGAAGUCUACCCGCAGYCCCAGGAGCCCCUUCUCCCCGUACUCCUCCCUGUCCCCCGUUUCCCCCGUUUCCCCCUUUUCCUCUCCGGAUGUGGUGGAUGAUGUGUUUUACAGCCCGAAGCUGCACCGCCGCAGGGAACCCUCUCCAUGYGAGCCCAGAGAAGAGAUCAGCCUCGAGGGCUCGAGGAGGAGGCGGGCCGCCACGGGUCCGCCCAGCCUGAGCCCCGGGCCRGACGCAGAACACCUCCCGUCCUCGUACGCCGACUUAAAGUACGGCAUCGAGCCCGGGAAGUCAUUUUCCGUCAGCUCCGUCCUCUCCAGCCGACCCUCGAGGCCCGGGCGCAUUUCCACCGGAUCCAGGUUCAUGAGCGUGGGCGACCUCUCCCAGUCCACUUUGACCUGCGCAGGCGGCGCCAACAAACCGUAUCAGGGCUCCRCCGCGCCCGAUUGGUCGGGGGACUUUUGUUCCCUGCCUCUCUACGACCAUCAGGUGUCAGAUUACCUCUGCGACUCCAGCAAGAUGCGAUCCAGGUCUCUGCCUCGAUCCCUGACCCGGCGCCUGGCCAACUGGAGCUCAGGAGCCCCCCAGUCCAUGGCCGCCACCCCCACAAACCAAGCACGUCUCCGCACCCCCAGCAGUAACAUCUGCCAGYCGGAGUGGGACGCAGAGAGUCCCCCGACCCCUCCUCCGACGCCUCCCCUGUCGCCGGUCUCCAGGCGCAUGUCCAGACCCCCCAGCCUCUCCCCUCCCGCAGACAGCCCGUCCUCCAGAGGACACCUGCCCUCCCGGGGCUACCGGUCCAGCCUCAGCACCUUCGACGAGUCCUCGGACAGCAGCUCGGACACCACCACGGACGACGAGUAUUACUUAGAGGAAGGAAAAGAGACGGAGCUGUGAGGGCGGGAAAAAUACAACCCGUUCAGGACGUAAAGCAGAAACUGGUUCACCGGACGGGACGGUUCUCUGCAGCUCCAUUUUGCUUUCCGAAAGUUUGAUCUGUUUAACACUGGAUGUACAGAACGCUGCACGGCUGCAGACAUGUAAUUUAUUAACWAUGUUCAGUCACAGUUUUGUUUUCCUGCAUGGUCGAAGUUAAAUGUGUGGCAGUUUUAAAGAACAAAGCACUCUGUAAAGUUUAGCAUUUCAUCCUGCCGGGUGACGUAGAUGUUGUUUUCUGUUUCUUCACUGCGCGUGAAAAUCAAAGGGAACGUUGUCUUAACGGCUUUUUCUGUAAGAGAAAAGAAAAUCUACACCAGAAUGAAACAUAAUCACAAAGAAAAAAAAAAAGCUUUAUGGCAGUGCCUGCUCCUAUUUGCACAGUGACAAUCCUAAAUCUUAAUAUAUCGAUUUUAUAAAUAAAGCUUAGAUUUUUCUAACAGCA